UCAUCUCUAAACCACAAAACACUCCCUUGUUUGAUUCUCUGUGUAUCUGGAGAAGAAGAAGAAGAAGAAGAAGAAGAAGCAGAAGGAGAGCAGAAGUCCCCUCUUUCACUCUCUGUUUUUCUCUGUCUCUGGAGAAGAAGGAGAUGGGGGACAUGGGGAUGAAGUACGAGGAGCUGAGGCAGCGUCAGGUAGAGGAGAACAAGAAGAAGAUGGACCUUCUGAAGCUCAACCAGCUCUCCAUCACCCUCAGAGAAUCCACCAGUCCCAAGCCCUCUCCGUCUAAGCAGUCGAAACGAAAAGCCCGGUCUCAAGAAGGAGAGAAAUUGGUCUUAAGGAGAUCCAGUCGUGUGGCUAAUCUUCCUGGGACUAGCUACAAAGAAAUUGCAGUAAAUGAAGAUGUUGAUAAGAGGCCUAGAAGACUUGGUAGAGCUUAUUCGCAACGAAGAGAUUUAUCUGGCCGGGUUUAUGCAUCUCCGGAAGCAAGGGCCUACGCCGAAAACAGAGCUGAUGCUAUUCAAGCUGAACUUGAUCCUAAAUUUCCAAGCUUUGUGAAGCCAAUGACACAAUCACAUGUAACCGGAGGAUUUUGGCUGGGACUCCCCACCCAUUUUUGCCGAAAACACCUACCGAAGCGUGAUGAACAUAUUAUGUUGGAGGAUGAAAAUGGUGAUACAUCCGAGACUCUUUUCCUCGCUCGCAAAGCUGGAUUAAGUGCAGGAUGGAGAGGAUUCUCUAUUUCACAUGAAUUAGUAGAUGGUGAUGCUUUAGUAUUUCAGUUGAUCAAAAGUACAACAUUUAAGGUUUAUAUAAUCAGAGCUAGUGAAUAUACCGAAGAUGAUCAAUAAUAGGUAAUACUAGCAAGGCUCUGGAGAAUCACAGAAGGGUUGUAGUCAGGAAGCUAAAUUGACUCAUGGAGACAAGAAUUUUGUAAUGAUAACUCUGCUGAUUUCUCGCUGUAAUUCAUGUGAAUGAUGGACAAAAAUUAUGUUUUUUUGAUCUUGAAUCACUGUUUCAUCUCAAUGAUUAUACUUCCAAAUUUAUUAAUAUUAGUGAUGUGAUGUAAUUGGACCAUCAUUCCAAAACAAAAAUCCAACGGAGUAGUGUCUCAAUUUGAUAUAUAAACCCUAAUUCUAAUCACAUUGUGCCACAUGGAUGCCCUAUUCCAACAUUGGACAUCAAGAAAAUCCCACAUCCUCGUCUGGGGCCCCAUCGCUUCCCAACCGUGUUCCACGUCAGCGCAAGCUCAUCCACCGCUAGGAUGAUCUCAUGUGGAAAGUCUCAAUCUUGAGGAAAUAUGAACGGUGGAUGGGAGCACUCGCACGAGGAUUUUAGUACGACGCGUUG